AAAACCGUUACCCCUAGCCACUCCACAAAGUUUCGCAAUUCAGGAAAGCUUGUCUAAUUGUUAAUGCUCUAAAUUAUGAUAUUUCGCUAAAACAAACAGGUUUAAACUAUAGCAAUAAAUAUCAAGGAUCCAUCAAUCGAGUGCAGAAUUCCCAUCGGAGAUAUUUUCUGAUGAGCAACCGGAUGUAGAGCACAUGACAACUUCCCGACCACACCACCCGUGUGUAGGGAUGUGAAGCAACUCAGGUUUUGUUAUUCUACUAAAACUAUGAGUAUGUUACACAUUUAUCUGAAGAUUUACCUCACAACCCUUAGAAAUGGCUGACAUUGUGCAACAACGAAUAGAGGACAGAAUACCAGCGCUUGAACAGUUGGAAAGAGACGGUUUGUUUACCAAUAAAGAAGUCAAGUCUAUGUUGAAAAGAUCUACUGCUCUUGAAUACAAGCUGCACCGAACAGAUUUCAUUACAUACAUACAGUAUGAAAUAAACGUCCUAGAGCUUAUCAAGAAGAGGAGAGCGAGAAUUGGUUACGAUUUUAAGCGGGAGGAAAUUGAGUAUCCCAUCAUUCAUCGCAUACAUCAUGUUUUCAGAAGGGCUACAAAAAAUGGCAGGUUGGAAGAUGUGCAGCUCUGGCUUUCACAGGUUGCCUUUAAUAAGGAAUGGGUCACAAAGUCUCAGCUCAGCAAGAUUUUGUCAUCUAUGUUAGCUAUCCAUCCUGACAAAUUGAAAUGAAUUAAUUGCAUAAUGCUUACAGCUUUGUGGAUAAUGGCUGCUAAGUGUGAGAUGGAGGACAGGAACUCUUCAGAGAGCACCCGGCAUCUCUUCCUCCGUGCCUUGCGCUUUCAUCCUGAGAAGAAGAAAGUCUUUCAGGAGUAUUUCCGGAUGGAGCUCAUGCAUUCUGAGAAACUGAGGAAGCAGCAGCAGGAGUUGGAACAAGCUAAAAUAGAUGUGGGGGAAUAUACUUUUUCUCCGGAAAUCUUGAGUGGAAAACUUGCUGAGCUGUUGUACAGAGAUGCUGCACAAAAAAUUAAAGGGGCUGAAUUCAUCUUGUCAUUGAUACAGAUUGCUGCCAUCUUUGACUUCACAAAGGAGCUACAGGACACCAUCCUGCAAGAUCUGCAGAGUCGGUAUGUGGAUGACUGCAUGAUGUGGGAUUUCAUGGCUAAGAGUGAGCUGGAUGCUGCUGGGGCUCCAGAGCCCCAGUCUGCGAAAGGAAGAGCUUCAGAUACAGAUCGCAGAGAAGAACAAACGUCAUUGAACUCAAGGAAAAGGUGGAGUCAGAUUGACAUGUAUUGUUUGACUGUUGACUGUUCACUUUUUCAGAGAAAGGAGCGAUUACUUCGAGUCUUACAGAGUGCUCAUGAUGCCAAGCUUUUGCAAGAGACAUUCUACAAGAACUGGCUACAGGUCCUGUUGUCGUCAGGGGAUACAGUAUCUGCUACCCAGAUCGCCAUCACAGCCACCCAGCGCUUCAGCCAAUCAUUGGAGAUGUGGAUCUUCAGCCUCCAGACAUUAGUCCAUCUGGAGAGCACAGAGGCGGGACAUCUAUUCCAGGAAGCCCUGAAACACAUGAAUCCCAAGGAAAGUCUGCCAUUAUGGCAGCUGCAGGCAGAUUGGAGCAUGACCUCACAGAUACCAGAGGACACGGAAACCUUAUUUCAGAAAGGGCUUCUGUCUCCAGUACCUGCAGUGUCAUCUACCAUGAAGGAAAAAUACCUUGAAUGGUCAUAUAAAACUGGUGGUUACAAAAGGGCUAGAAAAACAUUCACCAGCUUACAUGAACACAGACCCUUCACUAGGACAUUCUUCAUGAAGAUGAUUGAGAUUGAAAAAGAGCAGGAGACACCAAAGAUGAGUAACCUGAGAGACUACUAUGAGCGAGCACUUCGUGAAUUCGGUUCCUCAGUUGAAGAUCUCUGGAUGGAGUGCAUCAAGGAAGAGCUGGGAAGGCAUGGAAACCCAGAGAACUGCGGGAAGCUCCACUGGAGGGCUGUUCAGAUGCUGGAGGGUGAAAGUGUUGAGCGCUUUACCACGAAGUACGCACUUCUGCAGACUGGGCACAUGUAAAACCAGCAUGAAUCUUUAAUGUGCUUUCUGUAUUGUUCAUAUUUGGACCAAAAAAACGGCUUUUCUGCUGUUUCAGUAAUAAACAUUUUAUUAUGA